ACUCUCCUCAGUCCUCACUUGACUUAAUUACUUCCACUCACUUAAUUGCUGUAAAAACUGUUAUGCCUGAUUCUGAGCUUCUGCUCUCCUAAUUUAUAAGGUACUACUUACACCACUCACUUUAUUCCAUUUCCAACUUGAAAUACUUGUACUUUCCGACCCUAUAGAUUCUAAAUUUCUCCAUUAUUUGAGCUGCAAAUUCAAAUUAUCUAAUCGAUAUUGAUAUUUGGUAGUGGUAGUGGUAGUGGUAGUGGUAUGGGUGAGCCUGUAGUAGUCGUAAAUGGCUUGUAUGAACAAGUAGUAGACGACGGCAAUCCAAAUAGAUAUAAGAAUUUGGAUUGUUGGGAUACAAAUACAGAAUUUUCGUGUACAACCUUCAAUAUCCUUGCACCUAUUUACAAGCGCCUUGGUGGAGGGGCACGUGAAAGCCAGUUUAGGGAGUCUUGGCAUUCUAGAAACUGCAGGAUUUUGGAUAGGCUGCUUCACUUGAAAUCCUCUGUAAUCUGUUUGCAGGAAUUUUGGGUGGAUAAUGAAGAACUUGCUGGGAUGUAUGAGAGCAGGCUUCAUGAUGAGGGUUAUCUGACUUACAAGCUUGCUCGAACUAACAGCCGUGGGGAUGGUUUGUUAACAGCACUACAUCAAAGCCAGUUCCGCUUGUUAAAUUACAGAGAAUUGUUGUUCAAUGAUAUUGCUGAUCGUGUAGCACAAGUUUUGCAUGUGGAGCUAUGUUGUGAUAAUACGCAGAAGAAUACCACAAAUAUAGUCAAGGAAGCUAUAAUUGUAAAUACUCACUUGAUAUUUCCACAUAAUUCAAGAUACUGUUUUCUUCGGUUACAGCAGGUUUACAAGAUUUUGCAAUAUAUCAGAUCAUACAUGGGAAAAUAUGCCCUCCAUAUACCUGUCAUCCUCUGCGGGGAUUGGAAUGGAAGUAAAAAAGGACAUGUCUACAAGUUUUUACGAUCACAAGGUUUUGUCUCGACCUAUGAUAUUGCUCACCAUCAUGAAGAUGAUACUGAUGAUUCACAGAAGUGGGUUAGUCACCGGAACCACAGAGGAAAUAUAUGUGGAGUGGACUUUAUUUGGCUGCAGAAUCCCCAGAAAUAUCAGAAACCCUUAAAAGAGAGUUUCAUGGAAGCAAUUUUGGGAAACAUAAAGAAUCUGCUGCACAAAGUUAUCACUGGAGGUGUUGAUCAGUUACCAUUGAGACUAAGGGGCAGUUGUAUAACAUACUCUGAUUUUUCUCAAGCCCUUGUUGAGUUGGGCAUAAGUGGGAACCCUGAUGGAGGCCUAAAUGAUGAAGAUAUCAGGGAUAUAUGGAAGUGUAUAGAUGAAGACGGAGAUGGAAUUGUUCAUGUGCCAAACGUUUUGAGAGCGUGGACUCUGUGUGCUCUUCAGCAUGAUGACAGUAGUGGUGUGGAUGAAGUAGAAGAUGCGAGGAAUUCUACAGCUGCUAUUGGUUUUACGGUCAAUAAGGCCACACUUUUCCCUCAAGAAGUGGAGGAAGGGACUUGGCCUGAAAAUUACUUGCUUUCUGAUCAUGCACAUCUCACUGUCGAAUUUGCAGUCAUGUAGGUGUGUCUUGUACGAGAACUUUCUUUGUUUUUCAAGGUUCAAAUGAACUGUUCGUAGUUCCAGAACAGAAUCAUAAUGUUCUUGCUCGAUUCUUUAAACCUAGUACUAGUUUAACUUAAUUCGAGCGUGUUAAGUUGAAUAGUUGAUGAUAAUAAAGUGAACACCAUAAGUAAUGUAAUGUUUUGGAGUAAUUCAUUCUGAACAGAAAUUUUGCAUUACUUAGUCAAAUUCGCUCAAGAGUUGUAAAACUACCA